CAUUCUCGCUUGUCUCCAUUUGCCACGUGACGAGGGCGUAGCUGUGGUAACACGGCCUGGCGCGCAGUACGCAGGCACGUGACGAGGCCCCUUACGUCAGGCACGCUGCAAGCGUGCGGGCGGGGCGGGGUUCUGCGGCGCCCGGCGAGGACCAAAGUGCGACUUCAGACCGAGCAAAAGCCAGUUGGGUUGGACAGCCAUGCCCGAGUACUGCCGGGCUCCGAACUGCUCCAACAAUGCGGGCCAACUGGGCGCGGACAACCGCCCGGUGAGCUUCUACAAGUUCCCCCUGAAGGAUGGUCCCCGGCUGCAGGCCUGGCUGAGGCACAUGGGGUGUGAGCACUGGGUGCCUAGCUGCCACCAGCACCUGUGCAGCGAGCACUUCGUCCCCUCUUGCUUCCAGUGGCGCUGGGGCGUGCGCUACCUGCGGCCGGAUGCUGUGCCCUCCAUCUUCUCCGGAGCGCCGCCCGCCAAGAGGCAGACGAAUUCCCGAAGCACCGAGAAACCAGUCGUGCCUCCAACUCCGCAGGAGGCCACGUCCCUGUCCCCUGGUCCAGCCGUCCCGGCCCCUGGCCCCGUACAGCUUGUGGUGUUGGGGCCAGCAUCCGGGGGCCCCGAGGUCCCAGCCACCGUGUUCCUGACUCCCCUGCCGCGUCCGCCGGUUCCCACGGGGCCGCGCCCUGGAGUGUCGGCCCAGCACCCCUGGCCCGGGCUGGGCGCGGCGCUGGGAGCGCUGCAGCGGCGGGUGCAGAGGCUCCAGCGGCGCCACGAGCGGCACCAGGCGCGGCUGCGGGCUCUGGAACAGCUGGCGAAGCAGCUGCGCGCGGAGAGCCUACUGGCGCCGACGCACCGGGGCCGGCUGCGCGCGCUCCCUGGACCUGAGGAGUCCCAAGCCUUCACCAUCAUCUGUGGAGGGCCUGACAUAGCUGUGGUCCUCACCCAAGGUCCUGCACCUCCCACCCUGGACGCCAAGCCUGAGCUCCUGGACACUCAGACUCCCAGUGCAUAAGGACCAGGACAGAUGACAGAAGACAGAGGAAGAGAGACGCAUCAAACGUGGGCUUGGCCCAGCCCCAUGACCCAUGCCUGGGGCAUAGCAGUGCCUCCCUCAGGGCCCUGGCUCCCACCACCUCCUCCUAGGGACCCCUUGAACCUUAGGGCUGACCUGGGCCCAAGACCCCUGUCAGCAGUGAUUACCCUGGGAACCAGGUCCCAACCCCACCUUCAAUCUUUGCGGUCAGUAAAACAUUCUCAGAGCAGAGCAAGGGUUGUUUGUUUGGAGAGAGUUGUACCUGGUUCUGAAGAGCCCCUUGUACCCUUUGCCAAGGCUGGUGCCAAGCUGGGGAUACAGCAGUGAACACAGCUGACAAAAGUCCUGUCCUCGUGGUGCUCACUUUCUGCUUGAGCAGAAGAUGAACUAGUAAAUUAAUAAACAGUAUAAUUUCAGGUUGUGAUAAGUGCCGUAAAGACUGAA